CCGCGGCUGUAUUGGUUGGACGAGUACGGUUCGUUGCAAACAGUACCAUACGGUGCCCACGGACACGGAGCCAAUUUCAUUUUGUCUAUUCUGGAUCAGGGCUACCGACCAGAUCUGGAUCGACAACAAGCCGCGGACCUGUUGCGCCGGUGCUUUGCACAGUUGCGUACACGCUACGUGAUUAAUUCU